GGACGAAGCGCCAUAGCCACGGUAGCCCUGGCGACAAGAACCCAGCAACGAGAAUCAACAACAACAACAACCGAAUCGGCCAUAAAAAUAAAAGAAGACAUUUUACCGGUGGGAAAUACACACGUGGAUACAGAGGGUGACUCCCAGCUCCUGUAAUGGCCACCUCAGGCUACGUAGGUGAGAUCCAGCCAGCAACCCAAUCCCAGGGGGCCGUAGUUACCAUCACACCGAUGCAACCUGACGCCAGUUCUACCCCUGCAACCUCCCCGCAGUUUCUGGCUGAGAUUCAGACCGCUGUGGCUACUCCCACUGUUGUCACACAAACGGGCCAAACUACUCCCACUGAUCAAGCCCCCUCCAUCAGCUCUCCGGAGCCUGCAGAUGGUCAGGCCCAGUCCACCGCACAAGCCCAGCCUCCUCAGACACAAUACGUGACCGCAGAGAUCCAGGGCUCCCCCUCACAGUCUGGAAAUGCUCAAAGCACUCCUCAAUACAUCGUUGUUACAGUCACAGAGGGCUCCCUUCACUCCUGUGACAGCAUGUCGGACUCUAGCCCCCCUCCAACUGUGGUGCAAACAGGAGUUCCCACACAGGUUGUUCAGCAGGUUCAGACGGCCCAACAGCGAUCUGUGGUGCAGGCCACUUCUCAGAUAACCAAGACUGAACCUGGCACACAGCUCAGUGUCACCAGCCUGCAGCCUGUUCAUAUCGGCCAGGAGGUUCAGCAGCAGCUCACACCAGUGCCCGUGCAGCAUGUUUAUGCCAAUCAAGUGCAGUAUGUGGAAGGAGGAGAGACCAACUACACAACAAGCACUAUCCGGUCGAGCGCCUUUCCCUACACUGACACCCCGCUGUACACCCAGACCACUGCUGCCCAGUAUUAUGACGGUCAGCCAGCGUCUGUCUCACAGGCCUCCACCACUGGCACACCACUAACCGUCUCUGUGACUGCUGGCACAACGGGGGGGGUGUCCAUGUUUGUUACCCAGCCCACCAGUACAGCAGGGGGAGGGGCCACCGUGGUGACCACAGGCGGCACUACCAAUGGGGCAGGGGAAGGGGCAGGAACCAAUGGUGGCGCAGCAGGCAGCUAUGUGAUCCAGGGGGGUUACAUGCUGGGCAGCAGCAGCACGGGGACAGCUGGCAACAGUCAGAGCUACUCACACACCGCCCGCGCCUCUCCAGCCACUGUGAGUAUUACAGAGGGCGAGGAGAGUAGCGUUCCGUCGGCAGACAAGAAGGUACAGUGGUUGCUGGACAACUAUGAGACAGCUGAAGGAGUGAGUCUGCCACGAUCCACGCUCUACUGCCACUAUCUGCUGCACUGCCAGGAGCAGAAACUGGAGCCUGUCAAUGCUGCCUCCUUCGGGAAACUCAUUAGAUCUGUGUUCAUGGGGCUGCGCACACGACGCCUGGGCACGCGGGGUAAUUCCAAAUACCACUACUAUGGGCUGAGGAUCAAGGCAGGGUCUUCUCUUCUUCGUCUGAUGGAAGAUCAGCAACAUCUGGCCAUGAGGCAGCAGCCCUUCUCACAGAAACAAAGGUUGAAACCCGUGCAUAAAGUAGAGGGAAUGACUAACGGCACUGCGGCAGGAGCAGGCCAGCAGCAGCAACAGCAGGGAUCCGGGCAGGUGGACAUCAGCACCCAGGUUCAGCAGUACCAGCAGUUCCUAGAUGCAUCCCGAGCUCUCCCAGAGUUCCCAGACAUCGACCUCCAGGGGAAGUCUCUGCCGGAGGGAAUUGAGCUGGAGCACAUCAAGAGCUUUCAGCUGCUGUACAGAGAGCACUGUGAGGCUAUACUUGAUGUGAUGGUCAACCUGCAGUUCACCCUGGUGGAAACUCUGUGGAAAACCUUCUGGAGGUUCAGCCAGAGUCAGGCGGGAGAUGCCACGUUGGCUGUUCAUGACGAGUCUGAGAAGCGGCUGCCUAAGUCCUGCCUGGUGAUGCUGUGUAAGUAUGAUCCGGUGCUGCGCUGGAGCCGGGACUGUGACAAUAGCCUGUACCAGGCCCUGGUGGAGAUCCUCAUCCCUGAUGUCCUCAGGCCCAUCCCCAGUGCCUUAACUCAAGCCAUUCGCAACUUUGCCAAGAGCCUGGAGAGCUGGCUUACCAAUGCCAUGAUGAACAUCCCGGAAGAAAUGGUCCGCAUCAAGGUCACAUCAGCCAACGCAUUUGCCCAGACACUGCGUCGCUAUACCAGCCUGAACCACCUCGCCCAGGCGGCCCGCGCUGUCCUGCAGAACACGGCCCAGAUCAACCAGAUGCUCUCCGACCUCAACCGCGUCGACUUUGCUAACGUCCAGGAGCAGGCUUCAUGGGUUUGCCGGUGUGAAGACCGCGUGGUGCAGCGGCUGGAGCAGGACUUCAAGCUGACCCUGCAGCAGCAGAACUCCCUGGAGCAGUGGGCAGCGUGGCUGGACAGUGUGGUCUCGCAGGUCCUGAAGCCCUACCAGCAGAGCCCGGCCUUCCCCAAAGCCGCCAAGCUCUUCCUGCUCAAGUGGUCCUUUUACAGCUCCAUGGUGAUCAGGGACCUGACCCUGAGGAGCGCAGCCAGUUUCGGUUCGUUUCACCUGAUCCGCCUGCUGUACGAUGAGUACAUGUACUACCUGAUAGAGCACAGAGUUGCCCAGGCUAAGGGAGAGACCCCCAUUGCCGUCAUGGGAGAGUUUGCCAGUUUAGGCCGGGGGCUCAACCAGCUGGAUCCUGACAAAGAAGAGGAAGAGGAGGAGGAGGAGGAGAGUGAUGAUGAAGGUCAGGAGCUGUCCCUUCCUUCAGACGGAGGGGUGCUAGGAGACGAGUCUCUGGAGCCGCCUGCCAAGCUGGCCCGUAUGGACCAAAGAGUCCUCUUCAGCACCGGAUCAGCUGACGACUGAGCACACACUACUAGACGUGGUCCGAUCAUAGUGAAUAUGCACACACACACACACACACGCAAACACACACACACACACGUACAUAAAACAUUUAUUUAUACACUCCUCACAUGUAUAUAGAUCUUGUAAAUGUGUGUGUGCGCACUCUCGCCGCAUUCUGUAAAUGGUUACGCGCGCGUGCGCACACACACACACACACACACACACACACACACACACACACACACACACACACACACACACACACACACACACACACACACACACACAAUCAAAUCAUUCAGUACUGCUGUUGCCUGAACGGCACAACCACCUGUUGGCACCACUGACUGGAUUCACCAUCGUUGGCACUGCAAUAGGAUGUGGCUUCAAAACCCAGCAAGCCAAUGUGAUGAAAGAUAAAGACCCUCAAAGUCUAAAAAUUAAAACGUAGCAUCUCCAAAUGAUGACUUGGUAUCUCAGAAUGAUACGAUAAAACAAUAAUUAGAAACCUUAUCGAAAUAAUGACUUUUUCUCAUUAUUUUGAGGAAGUAUGACAUUGUACUGCAACGGUUCCUAUUUUAAGAUGUGUCAUUAUUUAAAUAUACUUUGUCAUUGUUUAUGAGGUCGUACGAAUCAUUCAGAGGAAGUUACUGAUUAUGAGGAUCAUUUGUUUUUUAUCACAUUGACACAAAUGGGCUUCCAUAGACAGAAACACAGAGCAUGUGUUAACCCUCAGUUGUAUUGAUCUGUAAAAAUAAACUUCAGCCAGGCAUGUUUUCUCUCUCUCAUCGCAUCUCAACCUGUAGCCUCGCUGUCUUCUUGCUCCGAAACAUCCGCUCACCCCCCCGAUCCUCCUGAAACUGUCUAUGCCGUAUCAAAGUGGUCUUAGAAAUACUGUGAUGUGUGUGUGCGUGUGUAAAGGUAAUCUCUACAGGAGGAGGGUGCACAGCGGAUCUUAAACAGUGAAAGAUUGCUAAAUUUAAGUGUUGAAAAUGUAAUCAAAAUGGGAGAGACAGCGGGAGGUUGGGAUUUUUGAGUGUGUUUGUCUUGUUUGUGUUUAUUUAUGUUUGCGCUCUGGGGGUUGCACCGCUUCGCUGUUACUUCUGGAGGCUGACUAUGAUGAUGGUGUGUGUGUCUGGUUGUGUGAUUGUGAGUCAUGCCAGUUGUUGACUGUUUCCUCUGUAUAUAUAUAUAUUCUCUAAGGCACCAAGGUGUUGAUUUGGGAGAAGUGUGAAUAUUACCUGUUUAAUUUAAUUUUCCUGUAAAGAAAAAUACCCUUCUUGUGUUCUUGGAGUGCCUGUCGCAGCUGCUACUCACCUGUAAAGAAAAAGCUACGGCUGUGGAAUUGGGGCUCCCAUUAGUUGCUGCAAAAAAAAUCCUCUCUUUUUUAUUGAACUUCUGGUUCCACGAGAAGAGGUACUUGUAUGUGUCAUAUUUCUAUGUUUCAUCAUUCCUUUUCAUCACGUUCCUCUUUGGCCUCAUUUUCCAUUGACUUCUAAUUCUCCUGCAUUUAUUUCUCUUUUCCAUGUGUGUGCCAAACCUUUGCUUUUCACCCAUUGUUUUUAAAUGAUCCGUCUUUGUUUUAAGGAGGACUGUGCCUGAGUAAGAACGCUGAUAUAUUCUAAUAUUCUGAUGUAUAUUUAUCCACUAUUUUGAAUUUUGUUGUCACUAAGUGAACCUCUUGUGCAGUGUAUGGUGCUGUGUUGUCACACAUUGUAAGCAACCUUUGUGUGCUUUAUUGAUUUGUGAUUGUAAGUUUAGUCAUUAAUCCUCUAUCAUAUCUGAUGGCUUUUUCCACAAGGCCCUGCCUCUUUGCACAUAUCGACUAUUGUCUUGAAAACAGUUGAGUUAUCUGAAUUUUUUUUUCACUUCCUUCAAAGUCUCAAGUGUUUUUCUUUUAAUGGUGGGGUGAAGGUGUCAGAACGUCUCGUACCCCUCUGGGGUGAGAGGUGAGCUCUGCUUUCUGCACAGUCCUCCACCGACACUCAUCUCCCUCCACUGUGCUUUCAUCUCGCUGCGUUUCCGCCCGCCUGCCAACAGCUUUGUUUUGCUUCAAACAUCCAUAUUCUUAAACACUGUUCGUCAAGAUUGGUUGUCGUAAACAUGUCAUUUUUGGAUUUUUGAAUACAAUGUCUUUAAAUAGCUGCGAUGUUCAUGUUUUCGACAAACAUUGCCAGCCUCAAACCAGCACAUCAACCUUUAUAUACGGAGUCUAAUGCUACCACAGCUGAGAACAAAUCAUCUACAGCAAAUAGAAUGGCCAUUGUUUAGUCAUUUUUAUAGUGCAUUGUUUCUUAUGUACAAAACAAUUGAGAAAAAAAGAUGUUCAGUGGCAGUGUUUUAUGAAUUUGGUCUGCUAUAAGUAUGACUGUGCCUUUGGAGGUGGUAGAAUGCAAUUCAGAUGUUUUUAAUUUUAAAGAUAUAAAUUAAAGAAUUUUUAAAAUUGC